AUGGCUUAUGCGUUCUACAACAAACAGGGGUUUAGGGAGGAUAAAGGUUUAACAAUAGAAAAUCUUUUUAACGAUCAACACAACCAUGAGCUUUUAGAUGAAGAGUACCAUGGAAUGCCUGCUUCACAUCGAAAAAUGAAAUAUUCAGAUAUAAUGCAGAUCAACGACAUGUUGAAGUUUUGUAUAAGGCCGUCUCAAUUCUAUGGUUCUUUUGCCAACCAAUCAGAAGGGUGUGAAAAAGAGGGUUUCGUAGGAAGGAUAUAUAUAAUCAGAUUGGAAAGCAACAACUUUUGCAAUGAUGUGAUGGUAAAAAUGCUUUACACUAUCUUCAUGGACUGA